GCAUGCGUACAGUAAAGCGCGUAGGCACCGCAAUAGUGCCUUGACAGCCACCGGUAGUCGUGGAGAUGGCUACGCCAGCGGAGUCCUGCCGUGGACGUGGUGGUGGGUCCGCAGUGCGGUCCUGGUGGUGGCUCUCCGCGCUAUUGUUGUCCUCGCUUCCUGUGGCAAGGGCGCUGGUGGAGGGUCUGUACUGCGGUACCGAGGUCUGCUAUGACGUGCUCGGGGUCACACGGGAGGCCUCCAAGGCGGAGAUCGCUCGAUCUUACCGGCAGCUGGCUCGCCGCUACCACCCGGACCGGUUCAGACCAGGAGAGCCUGGGUCGGAGGGAGAGACUGUGGAGUCAGCCCACAGAAACUUUCUGCUGGUUGCUACGGCCUACGAGACUUUAAAGGAUGAGGACACUCGUAGGGACUACGACUACAUGCUCGACCACCCUGAGGAGUACUACCAGCACUACUACACUUACUACCGCCGACAGCUCACUCCCAAAGUGGACGUCAGGAUCGUAAUCCUCGUCACCAUAUGUGCCAUCUCACUUUUCCAGUAUUACAGUUGGCACAGCAGCUACAACGAGGCCAUAAACUGCCUGGCGAACGUCCCCAAGUAUCGGAUCCAGGCCACCCUGAUUGCCAAGGAGCAAGGCCUCCUGAACCGGACCAAGGAGAAGGGCAAGAACCGGCGCGCCAAAGAGGAGAUCCGGGAGCAGGAGGAGGAGGUGAUCCGUGACAUAAUCAAAACAAAAAUUGACAUCAAAGGUGGCUACCAGAAACCCAACCUGUCAGACAUCCUGCUGUGUCAGAUAGUGUUGUUCCCCUACUACCUGAUCAGCUAUGUGGCCUGGUAUGUCUCCUGGGUUUACCACUUCACCAUCUGCAGGGAGGAGUACGGUGACCAGGAGAAGCUUUACAUAAUCAGGAAGCACAUGAAGAUCUCACAGUCUCAAUUUGACAGACUGGAUGAAGCCACCAGGCAGUCCUUCUUGGAAAAACACCUCUGGGUCAAAGAAAACUUUGAGCUUUACAGAGCAGAACAGGAAGAGGAGAUGAAGGUGAAAAUGGCCACCGACCCCAAGAUGAAGAGGUACAGACGCUGGAGGAAGAACGAAGGACCAGGGAGGCUGACUUUCGACGACUGACAGACAUAAGUUGUGACGUGCCUCAAUGCCAACAUACAUGGAUCAUGCCAGUGACAUGUGUGGACAUACAUACAGACAAACUGUUUAUAUUGAGAAAUAUUUUCAUAGAAAUGAGGCCUCAUGCAAGGACAAUUAAGUGGAAUAAAGUGUAAGCUGCAGAGGAGAUGUUUAUAUUUUAUUUCAAUACCAGUAAUUUAACUUCAGUGUUUAAGGCAUAUGUCACUUGUCCCAUUUUUGUCACCCUCCUCAAUAGCAGAUAAGAGCUAAAAUAAAUGUAAAAACUGUAGAAGUGCUACAAAAGGAAGUCGAAGUGUGCCACAGCUGCAAGUGAACUGCACCAGUCUUACCCACAGUCCUUCAUUCCUGAGCGCACGCUGAACACCUGAACAGUUGCGGAUUCGCUUGGGCCAACGUUGAAAGUUUGCCUUGUCAUGAGCAUUGGAUGGUGGUAACGGCUUAGGUCUGCUUCUUCACACAAUUGUUUACAUGAUGAACCAAAGUCAUCUCUCUGCAAAUUUCUGUAAAUAGUGAUAGGCCGUUCUUUCUCAUCACACAUUUUGCUCGGGAGUGCAGCUGCGUCAUUCGGGAGCGCUCUAAUCAGUAUUUUUAUGAAUCUUCAGUAUUUGUAGAAGGCACAACCUCCUCCUUUAUUCAAUUUUUAACCUGAUACCAUUUUUUAUGAUGAAUUUUUCAAAUAAAGUUUUGAGGUUCUGACUCUCA